AUGUCGAAGGUGGUGGAGCAGCUCGGACUGCUCCAUCAGAUCAUACCCAUCACUCGAGUCCUCAAAGGAUUCAACAUGGCAAGCGAGACAACUAAGGGAGAAAUCAUCCUCCCAGUCAACGUGUCUGGUACAGUACAAGACACCAAGUUUCAGGUCAUCGAAGAGGAAUUAAAGCGAAAUCUCUCGAGCCCGCCUUUGCUCCACACCCCAAAGGAAGAUAAAAUGUUGUACUUGUAUUUGGCCGUAUCCGAAGUAGCAGUAGGUGGUGUGUUGGUUCGGGAAGAACAAGACUUCGUGGCGGACUUUACACCUGCACUUGUGCCUGAGGUAGAGAAAGAACUCUUGCUAAAAAUGGGCACAUCAUCGGGGGUAUGGACCCUGUACACUGAUGGUGGCUCGAAUGUGAAAGGGUUCGGGCUUGGCAUUAUUCUAAAACCGCCUAUGGGCGGCAUGAUUAGGCAAUCUAUAAAAACUUUGAAAUUCAUUAACAGCGAGGCCGAGUAUGAGGCUAUGAUUGCUGGUCUCGGGCUGGCCAAGAGCUUAGGAGCAAAAGUCGUCGAAGCAAAAUGUGAUUCCCUUCUGGUAGUAAACCAAGUAAAUAGGAGCUUCGAGGUUCGAGAGGACAUGAUUCAAAGAUACUUAGACAAAAUUCAGGUCAUAUUGCAUCGCUUCAAAGAACGGACUCUGGUCCACAUUCCUCGAGAUCAGAAUAGUGAGGCUGAUGCACUCACAAACCUAGGAUCAUCCGUCGAGAAAGAUGACAUACUCCCGGGGGCUAUCAUGCAGUUAUCCAAGUCGGUGAUUGAAUAA